GCUUUCGCCAAUACUUCUAAAACCCUCUCUCGCACACUUCCGUUUGCUAUAUCGCAGCCCUGGGGUUCUUAGCUUACCUUCCGCCAUAGAUGCGAUCCCUGCGAACCUUUUCAACAACAAGAUUCACGAGCAAGCAACCAUUGUUUCGGCCAUAUGUCGCCCCCUUGAACCAGGAGCAGAAGAAAGCUCUGAGGAAAAAGAUCCUGAAGACCAUGCCAAAUUUUCACAAUGGUUUGAAAAGAGAUGCUCAGUGGCUCUUGAAUACUUUCGCUAUCUCCGUGCAGAGGUCACACGAACGCGAGCAAAUUCAUGAGAAGAUUCGAAACAUCAUUCGAUCUUCCGCUGGAGAUGACUAUGACGUAGAGGAUAUUAGCAUGCGAAACUACGCUAUCGACGUUGAGCCGGCACCUCUGGAGUUGGUCAUAGUAGACAAAAAACAUCCUAAGGGUCUCCCUCCAGGAACUGACUUUGCGCAGCUUCCAGUCGUGUACAAACCAAGUCAAUUGUCACAAUUACUCAUUACACACGGGCUCGAUGGCGGGUUCAGACCGCAAGGCGUAGAUCGUCGCCAGCGCGUUCGCAUGGUGGACGGCCGACCACAUUAUGUAUCGGAGGAAUUUGAUCGAUGGCCCGAAUACCAGUCUUUCGAGCGUGGUUUUUUAUACCCUACAAUACUGCACGGCCAAAGUCCUGCAGAGUUUAAACUCACGCUGCCUGGCCCGACGAUCAGGCCUACACUGAGGUUGCUAGAUGCUUAUGGCAAAAUGAGCCCGUAUAUCUUCAACACGAUCAGCCUCCUUUACAUUUGGAUACGGUCAUGGGGAGUGCAUGACUUCCCCCCAAUCGUAUUGGCAAUGAUGUUUGUCAAGUUUCUGCAGGAGUCUUACAUGUUUCCCAACCUCAGUCCGACUGAAAAAAGCCCUGAUUCGCAGGGGGGCUCUCCUGGCUUGGCCGAAAAUAUUGCCUGGAUGCCAUAUCAUGACUAUGAUCAGGAGCGCGGCAGCGUUCUGUUAAAAUCCUUGCCCAUCGAUUUAUCCCUUGAUCCGAAGAUCUACUUCAAAUUUGACAGAAGGUCUGGUAUUGUGAUGCAUGAUUUUUUCAAAUGGUUUGUUGAAAAGAAAUUUCAUGGUGCAAAGGAGCGACAUAUUUUAUCUAUCCAUACACCCAACACGCUUGAACCCGUUCGACGAGAUAUCUAUGCUUGGAAAAAUGACCAGAGCGUUGUUCAGGAUCCGUUCGUCCCCACUUACAACCACGCCUACACCGUCUCUCGUUCCGCAUUAUAUUGUCUCUCCUCCAUUGCGCUGUCCGCUAUCACUGCCCUAUCUAAGUCGAAAUCAUUAGGAAGCAUAUAUGGACUCCACAUCACUCCACCACGACUUGAGGCAUACUGGCAGGAACGCUACAUCGACAAAGACGUGAUCUUUAGAUCGCCACACGUGUACAAAUUUCCACAAGAACCUCCCAAGCACAGGUCAUACCACACCAGUGCGCGUCUCCGAAAGGAUAUCCGACGUACUCCCCAGGUACCUGUCUCACCAACGCGUGUUGGGGCUUUUCGCUCAAGGACACUUGAGAAAGUGACAAAUCUCAUUAAGGCGCGGUAUGGUGUUAAAUAUUCCGUCGAGUGCUUUGGUAGUACGCAGUAUGGCGUAGAUUCGCCGAGCAGCGAUCUCGACCUGGUAAUUAUCGAUCCCAACAGGCGUAACGGUUUGAGCCCGAACGUCAAACUGAAGGCACUUCCGGUCAGAUUCCGCGAUCCACUGACUGGCAUCACUUGUGAUAUUAACGUCAAUGAUCGACUUGGUAUCGCGAAUACAGAGCUUAUCAAGCGUUAUUGCGACCUUCUUCCUGUCCUUCGCGAAGUCAUCAUGACCAUAAAGGUGUGGGCGAAAGAGUAUGGAUAUAACAAUACAGGCGUUCAGGGCGGCAUGGUCACCUUCAGCAGCUAUGCGCUGACGCUGAUGUCGAUCGGACUAUUUCAAGCUCGUGGCUUUCUUCCUAAUCUGCAGAAUGUCUCCAAGUCCGACCCAAACUCACACACGGACUUCUUCUGGCUGAAACAGAAGAGCGGAGGGAGCACGCAAUGCGACAUUCGAUGGAAGGAAUGCGUUGGCUGGAAGCCUCCACGAGAUUUGAGUGUGAAUGAAGCCAUCAUGGAUUGGUUCCGCUACUGGGGGCGCGACCAUCGGUACGAAACGGAUGUUAUGAGCAUUCGACAUGGAGGGUUGAUUCCAAGACAAGAGCCCUUUCAGAAAUCUGGCAACAAGUUAACACUUCCUCGCGGUGCAGACUCCUGUGAUCUUGUUCGGGGUGGAGAUCCGGCGGAGACAAAGAUCACGGCGGAAUUUGCGAUUACGGAGAGAGCUAAAAUUACGGCAGAAACGGAAGGUCCCUCUUGGACAGACCUCGAGCCUGUUGUAGAGCGCGAUGAAGUUGGAUUUGGGUUGCGAAGCCCAGAGGCCGCGGAAGAUGCUUCUAGACAGCUGUUUGAGGAGACCCAUUCGCAGAAGCUCGCCCCCGAAGAAUUUGUCGCACAAGGUAUUCCUGUCGAUGCUGACCAGCAGCCAUCCUUAUGGGCCCGACAACCAUUGUGCGUUGCCGAUCCGUUCAUUCUGACAAAGAACGUGGCAGGGGCGGUUGGUCAUAAGGCCAUCGAACAGUUUCGGGAUGAUUGCAUGCGCGCUUACAUCUUGCUAGGCUCGGAACGGGCUCGCAAGGAAUCCAAAGGGAAGGAUGGGGAUCAAGGAAAACCCAAGGGAGAACCCCAAACCCAGCAGAGUCGCGCUCAGGGGCGCGAUAUUAAAGGUGCUGCUGCUGAAAUUCAAAGCCUCUCUCAAGCACCGAAAAGAUCAAGACGAAGGUCAUUUGCCAACGAUUGA